AUGAUUAGACCACCCCUAGCGGUCGCUACUCGCGCCCGCUUCGCCUUUCGCGCCACCACAAACGUCCGCAUCAUUCCACAUGGCAUCGCAAACACUCGCCAUCUUCAUGUCUCGCUGACCCGAUCCAACGUCCCAAUGUGGCCGAAUUCACCCAUGCCACAACCGCCCGUCACAGCCGACGACGAGUUCACACAAAUGAUGAAAGACCACAAGAACAGGGGCAAGGGCAGGCAGUCACCACCAGAAGAGGAGCGCGAGUCAUUCUGGCGGGAAUGGAGCAGCUCACCUGGCUUCCAAGCUGCUCUGACUACGAUUGUGGGCUUGAUCAUGGUGUUCGGUGGCGGUAUGGGGUAUCUGCAGUGGUAUAAAGCACAUGUUCUGCACCGCGUAGAGCGCGCAUUCGAGGGAGGAUACGACCCGGCCCUCGAGCUCGGCUCAGUUCACUCGCCCAAAGCCGAGCACAUCAAUCGGCGUGAGCAGCCGCUCCUCGACGCCAUCUUUCGCGGUGAGGAGGCGGGCGGCUACUAUCUCAUCCUUGGCCCUAAGGGUACUGGCAAGGGCACCAUGGUGCUUGAUGCUAUGCGUGCCGUGCACGCUGAAGGCGCGUCGGUUUGCGAAGCCCACCCCGACCUUGAGGUGUUCCGCCUGCGCCUCGGCAAAGCACUCGAUUUUGACUUCUUUGAGGACUGGCAGGGCUCGCUGUUCUCUCGCGCCGACCCCCGCUCGGCUGGUCCGUCACUCGACGUUGAGCGUGCAAUGACCAAGCUUGAGAAAGUCGCUCUUAGAUACUUUAAGAAAAAUGGCCGCCCGCUUGUGCUGGCGUUUACGAAUAUCCACCAGUUCCCCCAGAACGAGGAGGGUAUUGCUAUCUUGCAUCAGCUUCAGCAGCGUGCAGAGGCGUGGGCUGGGGCGGGCCUCAUGACCAUGGUCUUUACUUCUGACGACCGCUGGCCGCUCGACAAGAUGAAGAAGAACGGCUCGCGCAUGCGCGUCCUCUCUGUCUACGACCUUUCAGCCCGGGAGUCGAUUGAGGCCUUGCGGCACAUGCGUCGGUACAACCUACACGUUGCUCAGGAAAAGCCAAUCGACGACGUUGAGAUUGAAAGCGACGAGGUGUUGAGGCGGGUGUACGAGCUCGUCGGUGGUCGCACCGCUUAUCUCUCACGCGUUGCCCGCGCCAGUGACAUGAUUGAUGAGGCUGAGCGCAUGGUGUUGAUGGAGAAGGGGUGGAUGUUAUCCAAGAUUGGCCUCAUCCCGGAGAUGGAUGACGAUGUCAUGGACGAACAAAAGUGGGCGAGCUGCUCAUGGCUCCUGUUGCGUCACAUGGCCCAGAACGCGCCCAAACUUGACCCUCUAAUGGCGAUGGGAGACCCCAAAGCUAAGGAGGAGGAUGAGGAUGAUGAAAAGCCUGACCCCGCAGAGGACCACGGAGGCAUCGACCUCACGCCGUCUGCGAUGGACGUGGUCGCGAUGCACACUGCGGAAUCCAGCGUACCUCUGCCGAAGCUCACUGAAGACGAGCUGUACACGGACAUUGUGUUACCGAGGGUGACAUAUGACGACGCCCGUCGGCUGAUGACGCGUACCGACUUCUUUGAUGGGCUCGACCACGACAAUAUCAUUGCGAUUGACUUAUACCACGACGUGCGUCCAGAGUCUGUCAUGAUUCUGCGUGCGGCUCAACAAGUGACAGAGGACCCUGAUUUCGAUGAAAUGCUCGACCAGACGCGUGAUCGCGUUGAUGAAAUUGAAGGCUUACACCGCCAGUCUGAACUUACAGUCAAAGAGCCUCUACGCGCCACGUUUGGUCGCACCGAAGAUGGAUGUGUCACAAUCGACGUCGUUGGACUUGGUGGCAGCUUUGUGCCCGAGGAGAACGAUGACAACGACAAAGAGGGAGGGGAUGAUGGUGACAAGGAGGACAAGGAGUACAAGGAGGACGAGGAGGACAACAAGCGUCUCGUUUAG